UUGUCAUUUUUUCCCUGUCAUGUUUGAAGAAGAAUUUGACUAUGUGGUCGAACGUAAACCGCCCCAUCCCAUCUGCUUCGGCUCCAAACUCGUCCGCAACACGGCCCCCAUCGGCAAGAGUCUCUCUCCGUUCCAGAAACUGGCAGCUCCGGAAAACAACCCCCUGACCGGGCCUGGACACUACAAAACCGAGAAGUACAACUGCGCCCUUGAUCGGCUCGUCAACAAAGUGACGAGUAGUAAAGGUGUGGGGCCCUUGGCUAGUGAUGAUCCCAGGUUCAAAGACAAAAUUUUCAUGCGGACGCCGUCGCCGACGAGGUAUAACCCCGGGAGGCCCGUGAUGAUGAAACGUCAAGGGAGGGCCCCAUUCGGGUCGAAGACGCGACGACUGAUCUCCGCCGAGGAUAAACUCCCAGGGCCAGGGACUUACGAUACUGCCUCGAAAAAGUGCCGGAGGACACGAUUUAUGUACAAUUUCGGGCAUCCGACCAUGAUUUCGUCAAUUGAAAUUAUUUGUGUGGACCGACCCAGCGAUACUUGUGUCAAAUGUGAGCAAAUAUGUGCUGGGGAUUACUGGCACAAAGACUAUACAGUUUUUUUGUGUCAUUUAUGCUGGGAGGAGGAAAAACGGGGCCGGGAGUUAUACAACGAGAAGGAAUUAAAUACAUUCCAGAAAAUCCGCAACUGUUCUUUUGCUCAUAACCACGAGGGAACCUCGGCCGCAAUUCGGUUGCUUCCGCCGCGAAAAAUCAACAAAAAAUUACGCUUAGAAAAUUAUUUAGACCUUUAUAUUAAAUGUUGAUCACUUUUUACAAUAUUGCUGUGUCCCUCUCCGUCCGGUCCCGACCUUCCUGAAUCAAAAUCUCCGAACCUUUCAGACAUUUCCCGACUGAACG